UAGCGUUUGUGCGCGGCAGACACACAGCUAAAGACGGAAGUAGCCGCUGUGUCGGUGACACGUCACUGAGGUCAGACUGGAGGAAAGAUGGCGAGCACCUAUUCGAGUUUCAACCUGCGCACCACCCAGGAGAAGUUCUACAUCGAGGUGUGUGAUGAGGGCUCUGAGGAGGUGCUGGCUGUGGACAGAGUGUCCACAGAGAUGACCCUCACAGUGAAGAGGGACGUCCCUGCAGGGGCUGACAGCCGGCCCAUAUGUGGCCUCAUGGGGACCAUACGUUUGGUGGCAGGCAAUUAUCUGGUUGUCAUCACCAAGAAGAAGAAGGUGGGAGAUCUCCUGGGCCAUGCUGUGUGGAAGGCUGUGGACUUUGACAUCAUCUCCUAUAAAAAGACAAUACUUCACCUGACAGACAACCAGAUGCAAGACAACAAGACGUUCAUGUCCAUGAUCAACAAUGUGCUGCACACAGACGGCUUCUACUUUGCGACGGACUACGACCUGACGCACACUCUGCAGCGCCUGGCCAACACCAGCCCCGAGUUCCAGGAGAUGAGUCUUCUGGAGAGGGCAGAUCAGCGUUUUGUCUGGAACGGACAUCUGUUGAGAGAAUUCCUUGCACAGCCAGAGGUACACAAGUUUGUGUUUCCUGUUAUCCAUGGCUUCAUCGACAUGCGGUCGAGCUGCAUCAAUGGGAAGGUGUUCGAGUGGAGCAUCAUCUCCAGGAGGAGCUGCUUCAGAGCCGGAGUCCGCUACUACGUCCGAGGCAUCGACUCUGAAGGCCAUCCUGCUAACUACGUGGAGACGGAGCAGAUCGUUCAGUUCAACAGCUCCAAGGCUUCUUUUGUUCAGACCAGAGGCUCCAUCCCCUUCUUCUGGUCCCAGAGGCCCAACCUCAAGUACAAGCCCAAACCACAGAUCAGCAAAACAGUGAACCACUUGGACGGGUUCCAGAGACACUUUGACUCGCAGGUUAUUCUCUAUGGAAAACAAGUCAUUUUGAACUUGAUCAACCAAAAGGGCUCAGAGAAGCCGCUGGAGCUGGCCUUCGACAAGAUGGUGGCCGACCUGGGAAACGGCAUGGUCAAGUACAUCGCCUUUGACUUCCAUAAGGAGUGCAGUCGGAUGAGGUGGCACCGCCUGCAGAUCUUGUUGGAUAUGGUCGCUGAGAUGCAGGAUGAACUUGGAUACUUCCUGGUGGACGCAGAUGGGAAGGUGCUGCUGCAUCAGGACGGCACGUUUCGCAGUAACUGCAUGGACUGCCUGGACCGGACCAACGUCAUCCAGAGCAUGCUGGCCCAGCGCGCCCUGCAGUCACAGCUCCGGAAAAUGGGAGUCCUCCACGUCGGUCAGCAGAUCGAAGAGCAGGUGGCCUUUGGGAAGAUGUUCAAGAAUGCCUGGGCAGACAAUGCUGAUGCCUGUGCCAAGCAGUACGCUGGCACUGGAGCCCUGAAGACUGACUUCACCAGGACAGGGAAGAGGACUCAUUGGGGGCUGGUGAUGGACGGCUGGAACUCCAUGAUCCGAUAUUACAAGAACAACUUCUCUGAUGGAUAUAGACAGGACUCCAUUGAUCUGUUCCUAGGCAACUAUGCUGUGGAUGAAUCUGAUUGGACCACUCCGCUGCGUGAGCCCAAAGACUGGAAGUUCUUGACGUUGCCUAUCGUCAUGGUGGUAGCUUUCUCCAUGUGCAUCAUCUGCCUGCUGAUGGCUGGUGAAACGUGGACGGAGACCCUGGCCUACGUGCUGUUCUGGGGGUCUGCCAGCGUGGUGACCAGCGGCCUCAUCCUCUUUAACGGACCCGACUUUGUAGAUGCUCCAAGGCUGGUCCAGAAGGAGAAGCUGGACUGAAUGUGUGUGUGUGGAAAGCAGCUCGGCCCCAGGGAGCUCACCACCUCCCCCCCCGGCUCUUCAGCAUCACUUUACCCCCAGCAUGAGCGAGGCUGGAGCCUGUACUGACGGGGGGAGAGUGCCGGGACGCAGGGCCAUCCUCGUGCACGACUAAGUGGAGGGACAGAGACUGAGUGCACGAGCCGCUGCUGUCCACACUGCAGCUGCUGUCACGUGGACAGGACUGUCUGUCCACCCUUUUACUGGACACUGGACCUCGGGACGUUUGAUUGUCCCUCAUUUCAGAGAAACGUUUGCAUUUAAAUAGCUUCACUGGGAUCAGAUUCAUACGGAAAAUAAUUAGGGCCACGUGAAUGUCUUUUUAGAUCUGACAAAAAGUGAUUGUUUUUUCUUUAGUUAUAAGAUUAAAGUCAUAAAUCCGACUUGUUUUCUGAAAAUCUCACACAUUUUAAGAAAAAGUCAAAAUUCUCAGUAUUUAAAAAUAUCUUAGAAUUAUGACUCAUAUUUAAAAAGAAAAAAAUUCUGAGAUAAGUCUGGCAUUUUUUUCCGAAUUUUUACUUUUUUUCUCAGUACUAAAAGAAAAUCACUUUUGGUCAGAUUUCUAAACAAAAUCCACAUGUGGCCCUAAUCCUCCUCCAUAGGUCACAUGACACUGUGCUGUAAUGAACUACUGUAUGUGCCGUUAAUUUGCCUUUUCUUUUCGCCAAUUGUGUUUAUCUGUGUGCAGCAGCCUCAUCCCUGUUGGAAGGCAUCGACACCAUCACAUGAGCCCUUAGGCCCCUAACAUUUUGCAGCAGGGUGUCCUCACCUCCAAAUGCCUGUUAGACUCUCUGAAUGGUGCCAACAAGCGGAUUCCUUCAAAUUGUCAGGAAACACAUAUUUAACACGUAUCUGUAAUUAUCAUCAGCCAGUGGUAGUUAUUUAUACACCAAGUUAUCAUAUGAGGCCACUGCAGAAUGUAAGUAGGAAGGCAAGAUACAGCCCACAUCUGUUCCUGUUAGCUGUUAGCAUUUCCUCAAUCAUCAUGAGUUCGUUACAGCUGUCUGUCAAUUUAUAGCGGAAAGUUAUUGGUGGACAGAAAUUAGUAUUUUGUGCACCUUGUUUAUUUAAUUAUCGCCCUUAAAUUAGUCAUUUGUGAGCAGGAGUAAACAGAACGAGUUAUUAAACACUUAUUAAGAUAUUAACAUUCAAAGAUGCAAUGUUGUUAAAUACUGAAUCUGAGAUAUCAGCAGUAGGAGGUGAAGUUUGUUAAGUUCCAAAGUACAGUGGCUGACGGGUGCAAACGGCCCAAAACAUUUGCAUUAGGAGAAACAUGCAGUUUAGAAAAACAUUUACAAACUUCAAGAAAAAUGUGCAACGUUUAGUAAAAGAGCUUCAAUAAACAAAACGCUGCAAAUACAAAACUAUUGCAGAUCUGCAGUAAGCUAGCUAGCUAACGUAGCUAACCUAGUCAUUUCAGAAAAUACUGACAAAACACGUACAGUUAUGAAACAGAGAAAAUGUGUGUAAUCCCUGAACGUCAACAAGGGUCCCAGCUGUGUGCAUCAUUUCUUUGUCUCCCUGUUUCAGUUGUGUUUUGAGCUUCUUGCAGCAUUUGUAUUUGCAGUGUUUCAUUUAUGCAGCACUUUUAGUAAAUGUGCAUCUGUUGUCAAGUUUGGGAAGAUGUUUCUUUUCAUUUGCAUGUUUGUGUUUUUGUGGCACGUUUGUGUUUUUUAUUUGUAUUGUUCUUUAUGGAAAUGUUUGGGCUGUUGUAUUGCCUUUGCACCUGUCGGCCACCGUACCACAGUGUACUUUGUUAUUUCUUAUCAUUUUGGUUGUCACAUCCAUCACACUGUAUAUUGGAUUAGCUCAGCUUCUGCUGCUAUCAGUUGGCUGCUCAGUCUGACUGCUAAGACUUGGGAGAUGCAUGAGUUUAGUUCAGAGGUCUGCUGUCUAACAACGUUUAGUUAUCUCUGGCAUUCCUAAAAUAUACUUUAACAAUAUUGUUUUAAGCUCUGUGAAGUCAUGAUGGAGUUAUGCCGCUGCUGAGAAUCACAAAUGCAUUACUAUCUGUGUCUUUGCUUAUUUAUCAUGAGGGAACCACAUGACCUGUAUGAGUAAUUCAGGACAAUUUGUGGUAUUUACUUGUUCUUAAAUUCCUCUCUUAGGUACCAAUGUUGAUGAGUGGUCGAGUCAUGGCAGCCCAUUUUAUUUGAGAAAAUGUAAAGCCUUAAUAUGAAUUAAUUUGGAGUGUUAUUAUGAUGUUGACUCGAAUAAAAAUAUUUAGCUAAGACGAACCUAA